ACCUAUACACAAGACUGCAGAUCUCAUAUACCAGUAAAAAUGAAUGAUCCUGUAUACACAGUUUUUUUCUUGUGACGACAAAGCUGGCUACCAAUAAUGCUGAAUAAAAUUAGUCAAUAUCCUUGAAAUACGAUCUUAUUGAUGCAAAUUUGUUUUUUGGGUAGUCCUCCCCACUGCUAAUGUUUAGUAUAAAAGAACUAUGCAGAACUAGUGAAGUUGUGAUUUGAUCCAGACUUGAAUCAAAUUGUGUUCUCAAGAUGUUUAAGCUGUUCGCCAUUGUCUUCGCUGCCCUCGUGGCCAUAGCUUCAGCCGUACCAGCCCCUGAGGCUGCUCCAGUUGCCGCCCCUAAGGCCCAGCCGAAUCCUGCCCCAGCCCCUGUCUACUACGCCGCCCCUGCUGUCGCUUACACCGCUCCUUACGCUUACUCCGCCUACGCGCCAGUCGGUGUCGCCACCUACCAUGGAGCAGCUGCUCACUACGUCGUCUAAAUGGCUGUUCUCGAGGAUUGUUUUUCGGUUUUGGAUUUUGAAAAAUAUUUUAGGGUGAAAUAAAGCAGUUAUAAAAAAUA